GUACUUAAUGUUAUUAUCAUAAAUAACCUAGAAACAUUUCGUCGCUGGCAUCAUCAAUAAAUAUUCAAUUUGCCUUGAUCUUUCUAUUGUUUAUAAAAAAACAGUGAAAUAUAUUUACACAAUAAUGCCAAAAGUCCGCCGCAGCCGCAAAUCACCACCAGAAGGAUGGGAAUUGAUCGAACCUACCCUAGAAGAAUUGGAACAAAAGAUGCGAGAAGCUGAAACUGAGCCACACGAGGGAAAGCGCAAACAAGAAUCUCUAUGGCCUAUAUUCAAAAUUCACCAUCAAAAAUCAAGAUAUAUAUAUGACCUCUUUUAUAGAAGAAAGGCCAUAAGCAGAGAACUUUAUCAGUACUGUUUAGAUGAGAAAAUAGCUGAUGCUAAUCUUAUAGCCAAGUGGAAGAAGACUGGUUAUGAGAAUUUAUGUUGCCUGAGGUGUAUACAAACUCGAGAUACAAAUUUUGCAACAAACUGCAUUUGUCGUGUUCCAAAGAGCAAGUUGGAAGAAGGUAGGAUUGUUGAGUGUGUGCAUUGUGGAUGCAGAGGAUGUUCAGGAUAGACUGUUUGAAAAUGCUUUUGUUUAAUGCAUGUUAUAUGGUAAGAAUGUUCAUAAUUAAGUUUGGCAAUGUCAAAAAACAAUUUAACAUUUUUCAAUGUUAAUGCAAACUAAAACAUUAAACGAAUACACAAAUAAAUCUAUCACUAAAAACUUUGCACUUCAUAUUUUACUUUGGAAUUUUUUAAAUAUAUUUUUGCCAUCAAAUUCCAAAUUUCUAGUGAUUUAAAUAAUCAAUUACAAACAUUGGAAAAUGUUCAAUAGUUUUUGAAAAUUAACAGAUAAAUGCAACAUUACCACACUUAGUUAUGAAUUGUUCUUAGGUUUAUUUCAAUAUACAUAAUAGCUUUAAGAUACUUGUAAUAUGGUGAGACAGACAUUUUGGGUUUUUAAAAAAUUAAGUACAGAGUUGUCCCCGUAUCUAUACGUUUCUAAUGGCUUCUUUCAUACAUGAUCUGUUAUCUCUUGUAGGCGUUUAAAAAUAUGAUGUGUGCUUAUGAAACUUAACAAUAAAAUUUAAAAAUCAGUUUAUAGUAAAUAUCCAUGUCUAAAAUAUGUCCAAAUAAACUUGUAAGUUUUUAAAUUCUGUGGUGAAACCUGUAUAUAAGUAAAUUAUUGUCAGUUUUUUUUUAUUUCUGAUGAAAUAGUAUAUGUUAAUUUAGGGUUUAUUACUGCUAUAAGUGCAUUAUAACAAUAAACUUAGGUUAAAAUUUCAAUCAUGUGCACUGCCAUUGACUAUAAGGCAGUUAUACAUUAAAUAUGAUGCUAAAAAAUUCAAAUUCUUAUAUUUUUUAUUGAAAUCAUAUGAAUACUAUUUUUAGUUUACAAAAUAUGUAUUUUUAAUGGUUUCCAGAUGCCAGUAAGUACAAUUGACUUAUAAAACAGUUGAUAUAAUUCCAUACAGAACAAAAAAAAAAUUGUAAUUAUAUAUAUAAAUUCUUUUACAAAAAUUCUCUCCUCUUGAAUUUCUGUUAGAUGACAUUUUUCAUUCUAUGUGUCCCUUUUGCCUUUUAGUCAAUGAACAGUAUUAGUAAUUUUGGAUAAAAAUAUGAUUUUGUAAUAUUAAAUAGUUAUUGCUGUAUUUGAAAAAAUAUAUGGCUGUAUUCACCUGU